UCUACAUCUGUCAUGAAGUGUAGAUGUGUGAGGAUGUUCUAUCACAUCUAAUAUUUUUUUCUCCACCAGACCAGAGCGUGAAGAGAGGGGCCACUAUCACUCUCACCUGGAAGUCAGACCGUGGAGCGUAUGGAACCUGGAGGAAGGAUGGCCAGCUAGUGACAGGAGGUGGAAAAGACAGCCGGCUGACCAUCAGGCAUGAGGACGACAAGAAAUUCUUCCUCACCAUCGUAGACGUCAGAGAGGAGGAUGAGGGACAGUACAGCUUGGAGCUGGAGAACUGGCUGGGCAAAGAAACGGGUUCUGCAAAUGUUAAACUGCUUGAAUAUGAUUUGGACUGGCGAAGCCUGGAAUGGAAUGCAAAUGAAAAAAGAAAAAAGAAACUGGAGAACUUUACCCUGAGUAACCCUCAGAUCGGCCACCUUCGCUUCCUGUUGCACGGCCCUGUGGGAUACGGCAAAUCCAGCAUCAUCAACUCCUUUAACAGCGUGUUCCAGCGUCGCAUCACAGAGAAGGCCUUAACGGCAACAGCCACUGACACAAGCCACACUAAAGUCUACAAAACAUACCAAGUUAAGGAUGCCCAGGGGAGAACAUUACCAUUCGUCUUCAAUGACAGCAUGGGGCUGGAGAAUGCGGAAGGGGGUGGUUCUCUGACUGAUGACAUCAUCGCUGCCAUACAAGGUCAUGUCAAGGAAGACUAUGAGUUCAAGAAUAACUCGUCUUUGUGUGAGGGGGACGAUUACUACAACCAUAGCCCCAAUCUGAGUGACCAGGUGCACUGCCUGAUUACUGUCAUCCACGGGAGCAAGAUCACUCUCAUGCAGGACAGCGACAACAUCCUGAAGAAAAUGAGGACUAUCAGACGUGCUGCCAGUGACUUAGGUAUUCCCCAGGUCGUGAUCAUGACACAUGUGGAUGAAUGUUGUAAAUUGGUGAAGACGGAUCUGAAGCACAUUUACUCAAGCAAGAAGAUUCACAACACAAUGGAUCACUGCAGUAAAAAACUGGGCGUUCCCAUGAAGUGCAUCUUCCCAGUGAAGAACUACCAUGAGGAGAAUACUGUGGACCCCAAGACCGAUUGUCUGAUCCUACAAGCCCUGCAGAGUAUCGCUCUCCUCGCCAACGACUAUGUGGAGGAUAAAAAAUAAUUGUUACCGGACAACAACAAACCCCAACCAAGCUUGCUGUUGACCUUAACCCUCAAGUCAUUUAGACCCUGUUUACACAUAUAUGGAUAUUUGAUCUAAGUUUUAGUUUCCUAAAAUUUGAUAGUUUUACGUUUUUUUUUCUUCAUUUUCUAAAACACACCUGUGACAAUGGGGAUUUUCUUUUUCAUUCAAAUGGUGUGAACCGGAUCAAAACUUUUAAACCUAGUCAUUGGCCAGUUUAUUUUUCUUUAAAAGUGGGUGAGGUAUAGAGAAAUCAUUAAAACUUGUGUACGUACAUUGUUAAAAAUUGCAUUUUUUAGGAUUAAGGAUGACGUAAUGCUCAACUCCUGGGUUGGGAGCCAUAUGUGGGUCACGAAACUGUGGUGUAAAAAUGUAUGAAUUGACAAAAAAUGAGGAAAAGGAGAGUGCUGCAUUGGGUCAAUUGUUUGUAAAAGAAUCCAGUGCUCUUCAGAAAGGACAUGAGAACUUCAGUAAUUUGGCUUGUGACUAUCUCCAAAAUGGGAAGGUCCAAACAGAAGAUUCCUUGUUGAAAGUGGUAGCCUGAAUGAUCCGAGGCACACUGAUCUUAGUGAAAAGAGUUUAAAAUCCUUUAUUUUAAUGGAUAACGCCUAUGCAUUUCGACUGCAAUCAGUCUUCAUCAGGGCAAAAAAUAAAAUAAAAAAAUGAAUGAAUUGACACUAUUAUUGCCACUCACAAAAUUCAAACAAGAUGCAGUACUGAGUAAAGGACUGAUGUUGAACAGGGAGUGUUAAUCCACCUGUCAAUGCAAAUGCACAGGCAUAUUAUCAAAUGCAUGGAUAUUUUUGUGACAAUCGAGCAACUUGUGAUAGUUCUGGCAGACCACGUAGUCAACGCGCCCUUUUACCUAUUGGCUGAGUCCGACCCAACCCAUACAGCUGUCCACGAAUCAGCUGCGCUUUGGUUAAUCUGCUGAAAGGUUAUCAUGUUGAAUCAACAAGUCAACACAAUGUUGAUGUGAAACGUGAUUUAAUUGGGUGGAAAUACAGUUUUCAUAGGUAAAUCAAACAAGUCCUUUUUAGAGUGAACCACCGGGGCAAUAAACCAUUUGUAACCUGGUAGGAACAUACAAUAUUUAUGCCUAAAUGGUACAAAUUGAAGGAGUAAUUAUUUGUAGGCAUCCAUAAGAUACAAGGAAGUCCCCCUUGAGGGUCCUGCUCCAGUGACAAGCUUUGUUCCUUUUUUGUGUUUCCUGUACCUUUAUUUAUUUUAUUUUAUUUUUUAUUUUUUUUCAAUCUAAACCCAUCCACCACCCCCCCUAAUGGAGGACCUUUUUUUUUUUUUUUAAUCUUUGUCUUUUUUGUAUUUCUUCUUUUUAAUUCUAUGUAUUUCUUUCACUUCAUAAUAAUAUUACAUAAUAACAUAGCUCCAACCUGUUAUUAAACAUCAGGUUAAUCAUACAAAGGCCAUAAUAAACAAAAG